AUGUUCAACCCGGGCGUCUUCUACAUGCUUGCCAGCGUCGUGCUCUUUGCCGUCGCAGUCGUCGUCCACUUCCACACGGCGCACCUCUCCCUUCCCCUCUCGCCCUUCAUCACCGUCCUCGCCGUCGUCCUCCCCAUCGCCGCCUUCAUCAACGCCUACAUCUACCCCAACCUGCUGCGCAACUCGCACGCCUGCGCCCUCGCGCCCCUCGACCACUCGGCCCUCGAGCGCCUCGCCCCCGUCCUCCUCCAGGGCCUCCAGGCCGUCGUCUCCAGCGUCCUCGCCACCCUGCUCUUCGAGGGCCUCGUCCCCUCCCCGGCUCUCGACUAUCUCCUCGACUAUGAGUGGGGCCGCCUCUACGACGCCCGCGACGGCGAGAGCAUCCGCCUCGUGCAGGACACGUAUCGCUGCUGCGGGCUCAGGGCCGUGGACGACCGCGCGUAUCCCUUCGAGGGGGCGCAGACAUGUGCCGAGAUGUAUGGACGGGCGACGUCGUGCGAGGUGCCGUGGAAGAGCGCCAUGCAGGUUACUUCGGGCGUGGACUUUGGCGUCGUCGUCGUCGUUGGGCUGAUGCAGAUCAUCGGCCUUCUCAUGAUGCGCGAGCGCACCAAGUGGUGGACGGCGCUGCGCACCCGAGACUGGAAGCAGCCGUACUGUGACGACACCGCCAGCCAGUCUCUGCUGAAUCCGGACGAGGAGCAGGAGGCGAAUGGCACUGUCGAGGCCCCGUCACAGGCACAGGGGUACGGCGCACUCCAGGAGAGACAGCCAACGCCCACGGGCAGACCCGUCGAGGAAGGAAACCCGCCUAGCGGUCGGUAG